AUGUCUCAGUACUACGACACUCUUAAAUACCAGAAGGAUGGAGAAAGGGGUCAAUUGUCCGUUUGCUAUGAGGAUGAUACAGACGCGAGGAAGCAGCCCGUGACUUUAUCGGACUAUGUAUACGAAGACGGUGUAACUAUGGAUGGUAAAUAUGAUGUUCGACGUGGGAACGACACCUGUGGGAAACAACCAUCGGUGGUGCAUAGAAAGCUGCUGGUGGAUUUAAGUCGGAACUACUGUCACGAAACGAUGUUAUGUGGCUACGACAGGAUGGCUACUUUUAAGGACUGGCCCGAACAGAUGGUUCAGAAGGGUAGACAGCUAGCCUGGAGAGGGUUUUAUUAUACCGGUGUUUCGGACAAGGUGGCGUGUGCCUGGUGUGGAUUACGAUUGUGGAAAUGGUGUGCCGAGGAUGAUAUCGACUUUGAACAUCACAGGUUUAGCCCAUCGUGCUCAUUCCUGAAAAUUACGUGUCCCUUCAAAUUCGACAGUGAUACGAGGACUUAUUUGUGA